UACUGGUCACACUGCUCUGUUCGCGUCCAAAAAGUGUACAAUUUUUCACCAGCUCGGUUUGUUUUUUCCGACCAGGCGAGGCACCUUCGAUUCGCUCUGACUUCCGACUCCGAUCCGUUUUCGGAUGAUAGCUCUGAGUGCGCUGCUAACCAAAUACACGAUCGGUAUUAUGAGCAACCUAAGCAAUGGCAACAGCAACAACAACCAGCAGCAGCAACAGCAACAACAGGGCCAGAACCCACAACAACAAGCACAGAACGAAGGUGGAGCGGGGGCGGAGUUCGUGGCGCCACCGCCCGGACUAGGAGCAGCAGUGGGCGUGGCAGCCAUGCAGCAGCGCAACCGCCUGCUGCAGCAGCAACAGCAGCAGCACCAGAAUCCCGCCGCCGAAGGAAGUGGCCUGGAGCGGGGCAGCUGCCUCCUGCGCUACGCCAGCCAGAACUCCCUGGACGAGAGCUCCCAAAAGCAUGUCCAGCGGCCAAAUGGCAAAGAGCGUGGCACGGUGGGGCAGUACAGCAACGAGCAGCACACGGCGCGGUCCUUUGACGCCAUGAACGAGAUGAGAAAGCAAAAACAGCUCUGUGAUGUCAUACUGGUGGCCGACGAUGUGGAGAUCCACGCCCACCGCAUGGUGCUGGCCUCCUGCAGUCCGUACUUUUACGCGAUGUUCACCAGCUUCGAGGAGUCGCGGCAGGCCAGGAUCACGCUCCAGAGUGUCGAUGCCCGGGCCUUGGAGCUGCUCAUCGACUACGUAUACACUGCCACGGUGGAGGUGAACGAGGAUAACGUGCAGGUCCUCUUGACCGCCGCCAACCUGCUCCAACUCACAGAUGUGCGAGAUGCCUGCUGCGACUUCCUGCAAACCCAGUUGGACGCGAGUAAUUGCCUCGGCAUCCGGGAGUUCGCCGAUCUUCAUGCCUGCGUGGAACUUCUCAAUUACGCUGAGACCUACAUCGAACAGCAUUUCAACGAGGUGAUCCAGUUCGAUGAGUUUCUGAACCUCUCGCACGAGCAGGUCAUCAGCCUGAUUGGCAACGAUCGGAUUUCGGUUCCAAAUGAGGAGCGCGUUUACGAGUGCGUCAUCGCCUGGCUGCGCUACGAUGUUCCGAUGCGGGAGCAGUUCACCUCGUUGCUCAUGGAGCAUGUGCGUCUGCCGUUUCUUUCCAAGGAGUACAUCACCCAGUGCGUGGACAAGGAGGUCCUCCUCGAGGGCAAUAUCGUGUGCAAGAAUCUCAUCAUUGAGGCCUUGACCUACCAUCUACUGCCUACUGAGACGAAGUCCGCUAGAACGGUGCCCAGGAAGCCGGUGGGAAUGCCCAAGAUUCUGCUCGUCAUUGGAGGACAAGCACCCAAGGCUAUACGAUCAGUGGAAUGGUACGAUCUGCGAGAGGAAAAGUGGUACCAGGCUGCCGAAAUGCCCAACCGCAGAUGCCGCUCCGGCCUAAGUGUCCUGGCUGACAAGGUUUAUGCUGUUGGAGGUUUCAAUGGAUCCCUGCGUGUGCGCACCGUAGAUGUCUACGAUCCGGCCACGGAUCAGUGGGCAAACUGCAGCAACAUGGAGGCCAGGCGGUCUACCUUGGGAGUAGCUGUACUUAAUGGUUGCAUAUACGCCGUGGGCGGAUUCGACGGCACAACGGGUCUGUCGAGUGCUGAGAUGUAUGAUCCCAAGACUGACAUUUGGCGGUUUAUCGCCUCCAUGUCGACGCGACGCAGUUCUGUGGGCGUGGGCGUCGUCCACGGACUCCUAUAUGCCGUGGGCGGGUACGAUGGCUUUACUCGCCAGUGCCUAUCUUCAGUGGAGCGCUAUAAUUCGGGUACGGACACAUGGGUCGCUGUGGCGGAAAUGAGUUCGCGGAGGAGUGGCGCAGGAGUGGGAGUUCUGAACAAUAUCCUGUAUGCCGUUGGCGGCCACGAUGGUCCCAUGGUCAGAAGAUCCGUUGAAGCCUACGAUUGUGAAACGAACACCUGGCGUUCGGUGGCAGAUAUGUCAUAUUGCCGGCGGAAUGCGGGAGUGGUGGCCCACGAUGGCCUGCUGUAUGUGGUCGGGGGCGAUGAUGGUACCUCAAACCUUGCUUCUGUGGAGGUCUACUGCCCGGACUCGGACAGUUGGAGAAUACUGCCUGCUUUGAUGACCAUCGGACGCAGCUAUGCGGGCGUGUGUAUGAUCGAUAAGCCCAUGUGAAUGGAAGAGCAGGGUGCAUUGGCCCGCCAAGCUGCUUCGUUGGCCAUCGCACUGCUGGAUGAUGAGAAUAGCCAGGCAGAGGGCACGAUGGAGGGCGCCAUUGGUGGUGCCAUCUACGGUAAUCUUGCGCCGGUUGGAGGGGUUGCAGCUGUUGCAGCUCCAGCUGCGCCGGCUCAAGCUCCCCAGCCAAAUCAUCCGCACUACGAGAACAUCUACGCGCCAAUUGGACAGCCCAGCAACAACAGCAACAGCAAUCAAGCUGCAGCCAUCGCCAAUGUCAAUGCCAAUGCCCCUGCAAAUGCCGAGGAAAUUCCGCAACAACAACUACCAGCUCCCACUGAACCUAAUGCCAAUAAUAAUCCGCAACCACCAACAGCACCAGCUCCAGCACCACCACAACAACAACAGCAGCAGCAGCAAGCACAGCCACAACAACCUCAACGCAUACUUCCCAUGAAUAACUAUAGGAAUGAUUUGUACGAUCGAUCUGCCGCCGGCGGAGUCUGCUCUGCAUAUGAUGUUCCCAGAGCCGUGAGAUCUGGCCUUGGAUACAGACGCAACUUUAGGAUAGAUAUGCAGAAUGGAAAUCGAUGUGGAAGCGGUCUUCGCUGUACUCCACUUUAUACGAACAGUCGAUCCAACUGUCAACGUCAGCGCAGUUUUGACGACACGGAGUCCACGGAUGGCUACAAUUUGCCUUACGCCGGAGCGGGAACAAUGCGAUACGAGAACAUCUACGAGCAGAUUCGAGAUGAGCCACUUUACCGUACAUCCGCGGCUAAUCGAGUACCGCUCUAUACACGUCUCGAUGUUUUGGGUCAUGGGAUCGGAAGAAUUGAGAGGCACCUUAGCUCGUCAUGCGGCAACAUUGACCACUAUAACUUGGGGGGACAUUACGCGGUAUUGGGGCACUCGCACUUCGGAACUGUGGGCCACAUUCGAUUGAACGCCAAUGGAUCAGGAGCAGCAGCCCCUGGCGUAGCUGCAAGUGGCACCUGCAAUGUUCCAAAUUGUCAAGGUUAUAUGACAGGAGCUGGAUCCACUGUUCCAGUAGAGUACGCGAAUGUAAAGGUUCCUGUGAAAAACAGUGCCUCUAGUUUCUUCAGCUGCCUACAUGGUGAGAACUCACAGAGCAUGACUAAUAUUUACAAAACGACUGGAGCGGCAGCAGCUGCCAUGGCUGCCCAUAAUUCUCCAUUAACGCCAAAUGUGUCCAUGGAGCGAGCAACGCGAUCCUUAUCCGCUGGGGCAGCUGGAUCAGCAAUAGCCAAUGUUGAGGAUCAUUCGGCGGCGGAUAGUAUUCCAAGCUCAUCCAAUAUCAAUACCAAUCGGACAACAGGUGCCAUUCCGAAAGUGAAAUCAGCCAGCAAGCCAGCUAAGGAGUCGGGAGGAUCCUCCACGGCCGCAUCUCCAAUUUUGGAUAAAACUACAUCCACUGGAUCGGGAAAGAGUGUAACCUUGGCGAAGAAAACUUCUACAGCAGCAGCACGCUCGAGCUCUUCCGGAGAUACCAAUGGCAAUGGGACUUUAAAUCGGAUCUCCAAGUCCAGUUUGCAAUGGCUGCUAGUAAACAAAUGGCUGCCACUGUGGAUUGGCCAGGGACCCGAUUGCAAGGUAAUCGACUUCAACUUCAUGUUUUCCCGUGACUGCGUGAGUUGCGAUACUGCUUCAGUGGCAUCUCAGAUGUCAAAUCCGUAUGGCACACCCCGUUUAAGUGGUCUUCCCCAGGAUAUGGUGCGCUUCCAGAGUUCCUGCGCUGGAGCUUGUGCAGCAGCCGGAGCAGCUUCUACACUACGAAGAGACACGAAUGCAUCAGCUCGCCCAUUACACAGCACUUUAAGUCGGCUGAGGAACGGAGCUGAAAAAAGAAACCCCAAUCGGGUGGCUGGAAACUAUCAGUACGAGGAUCCUUCCUACGAGAAUGUGCACGUUCAGUGGCAGAAUGGUUUUGAAUUCGGGAGAUCCCGCGACUACGAUCCGAAUUCCACCUAUCAUCAGCAGCGUCCUAUGCUGCAACGGGCUAGAUCAGAAAGUCCCACUUUUAGCAAUCAGCAGAGGCGACUUCAGCGGCAAGGAACCCAAGCUCAACAGCAAUCGCAGCAGCUUAAGCCUCCUGGAUCCCCAGAUCCCUACAAGAACUACAAACUUAAUGUUGACAACAACACCUUCAAGCCGAAGCCUACCGCUGCCGAUGAGCUCGAGGGAGCUGUUGGGGGAGCGGUAGCUGAAUUAGCACUUCCUGAAGUGGAUAUCGAAGUUGUAGAUCCUGUCUGCUUAAGUGAUAACGAGACUGAGACAACCAGCAGUCAAAACAACCCUCCAUGCACUACCAACAGCAAUAAUCUGAACGAGCACAAUGAUUAAAAAUGAAUAAAAUAAGUUGGUUCUGGCAGAUCAACGUUGUAGUUGAAAUGUUUAAGUGUGUAGUUAAACUUCUCUGAAACUCUACAAUUUUGUACGGCUUGUAAGAUUUUAUAUUAAAAAUAAGCUGGAUUUUAUAUUUAUAAUCAAAAGUGAUACCAGUUUAUUAUAAGAAGAGUAGUUUUUACUUGAGUUUUCAAUUCGCUAUUACAUGUAAUUUUCGUAAGAUUUAAUGUCUCCAGGGACAGGAACCUUUUACAUUACACAAUUUCUAAUUACAACGCUGCUCUUUAAAAUGGGAUCUCAAACCACAAUAACAGCAAAACGAUUGAAAAUUCAUUUUAGAAAUCAAAAAGAUAUACACUUAAACAUUGUAGAAUUUGAUAUUACUAUAGAAUUGGGUGACUUUGUGUAACCAGCCAAAGCUCUAGAUGGUAUAUUAUUAUGUUGCACUCUGUAGUUGUAGUUGAAACGAGAAUUUUUGUGUGUCAUGUCGAGUUGUAGGUAACCUAAGAGCCACAUCAUAUCACUCUCCGUAACCACAUUAAGCAAUAUGCACUUGCAUUUGAUAUGAUAGUUCCAUUACUUUUCCACUGCCUACUCAAAUUUCCAUUUCCCAUUGGCAUUUGGCACAUGCACCUGCUUCGUUUGAGUAUGUUAAGUUAUGGCUUUAAUCCGAAAUAAUAAUUAAUAUUAAGCCAGCUAUUGUACAAGCUCUCCAUUAGAAUACUAUUGUUUAAGUCAAUUAGUGUUACAGGUAUUAUUUACAUGCAUAUAUAUACAAGCGCAUAUAUAGGGUGUUUUUUU